AUGGCGUCUUCGGCAUGGCUUGACAUGAUCGUAGCCGGGGUUCUCGGAGACUACCCAGUAACAACAGUUCAGAGUCCGCUGUCGGUUGAAGAAGAGUCCAUGUGGCUGCCGGCAUCUCCUCACGUUUACGUGGCCGUGUUCGCUCAACUGGUGUCGACCUUCUGCUUGUUGACUUACACCGUCUUGAUCCGGCCUUGGAGACGAGAACCAGCAAUCCAACUCGUGCGGCCCUUUGGAAGAAGCCGGCUUUUUGAAAUCGCCCUCCAAAUCUGCAUCGCGGCGUACUGCGUCCGGGGUCUGGUACUCUUGCAACAACGAGCCGAGUCGCGAGUGCAGACGCAUAUCAUAUUCCCCCUCCUCCUCUUCUCUACUUCAUGCAUCGGGGCCCUGUCCAACAUCGUGGGCCUCCUCCUCGGCCAGCCCUCGACAGCCAGAAGCGUCUACCACCUACUCGGCUCUUUGACAUGGGCCUUUUUCGACUCCUCCUCUCUGCCUCGACCCUCCCCUCUCCCACUGGACCGGCUGUUCCCCUGGGUCCUGGCUGCGACGUCUCUCCUCGACGUCUUCCACGCCGGUCCCGGCUCUUCUCGACCAAAGGGGACGACGGUGCCCUCCAGCUCGACACAGAGCAGCAGCAGCAGCAGCCUGGUAGAGAAGCUGUCGUACAGCUGGCUGGGCCGUAUCAUCCAAGUCCAGGACGUCCUCCGCCUGGACGACCUCCCGGAGAACCCGGCGCUCGCCCCGUCGGAAGAGUACGAGGCACGGCUCGUCGAAGCCGCCGCCGGGUCCUCGCCCGAGACGGCCGCAACCCACCUGUACUGGCGCUUCAUCGCGCGCGAGCACCGCCGCCAGCUCGUCGUCAGCAGCCUCCUCCGCCUCGCCUGCGACGCCUCCCUCUUCGCGAUCCCCUGGCAGCUCCAGCGGCUGCUGACCCGCCCCACGGCCGCCAGCGUCAUGGCCAUGUUCUGCUCCCGCGUCCUCGGCGCCCUCGCCGGCAACUUCAGCGGCUACCACCUCCGGAGGCUCGCCGUGCAGUACCGGAGCGCCCUCUCGUCGGCGCUUCACCGGAAGACGCUCCGCCUCGGCGACUUCAGCCCCGGCGGUGACGACGCGCCCGUUGCCGACCUCUCGACCCUCGCCGAGGUCGACACCCUGGUGCUCUUCCGCAGCGCCCAGAGCUUUCCCGACGUGUGGAACAUGCCGGUCCAGGUCGCUCUCUGCCUGGGCGGCUUGGCCAUUCUGCUGCCUUACCCGGCGUUCAUCGCCAUCCUUGUUUUAAUCGCAAUCAUGUUCCCCGUCCUGAGCCUCCUCCUCCGGUCCAUGGCCGUCUGGAUCUCGAGCAACCUGGCCGCCAAGGACGCCCGCGCGAAGCUGCUGGCCGAGGUGCUCGGGUCGAUCCAGGGCAUCAAGAUGCACGCGUGGGAGCCCGUCUUCGUCCGGUCCAUCGCCGAGCGGCGCGCCAGGGAGCUCGAGACCCUGCGGAACGCCGCCGUGUCGGCCUCCGGGCUGGUCGCCUACAUGCAGACGAUGCCGUCCGCCCUGACGCUGGCCGCCUUCGGCGUCGUCCUCCUGAUGCGCCGGCCGCUGACCAACGAGCUCGUCUUCGCCGCCAUCAUGCUCUUCGCCAUGCUCAACGCGACCCUGGGCCAGCUUUCCGGCCUGGCCUCGACGGUGCAGAGCGUCCACGCGUCCAGCAGACGCAUACAGGCGUACCUGAGCUUGUCCGAGACCAAGAUUGCCGCCGCCGACGGCCUGGGGCUGCUGCUCACGCCGACAUCGACCACCCGGAGCUGGUCCCCGGACAUGCCCAUCCUCUCCCACGACGACUUGGAGGUGGGCUGGCCCGGCGCGGCCGCGCCGCUUAUAAGAAACGGCUCCCUGUCCAUCGGCCCCGGCGAGCUCACCGUCAUCACGGGGGCCAUGGGCUGCGGCAAAUCGACCCUCCUGCUCUCUCUCUGCAGACACGUGGAGCGGGCGAGGAGGCGGCACUCGAGCCGCCCGCAGAUCGCCUACGUCGGCCAGAAGCCCGUCCUGGUCCGCGGCAGCAUCCGCGACAACAUCCUGUUCGGGAGGCCCUACGACGCGCAGCGGUACGCCCAGAGCGUCAGGGCCUGCUGCCUCCAUGUCGACUUUGCGCGUCUCCGCGACGGCGACGGCACCCUCAUCGCCGGCUCGUCGGCCUUGUCCGGCGGCCAGUGCGCGCGCAUCUGCCUCGCCAGGGCGGCGUACUCGCGGGCCGACGUCUACCUGCUCGACGACCCCCUUGCGGCGCUGGACGUCCGGGUGGCAAGCCAUAUCACGCACCAUCUACUGGGUCCCGGCGGGCUCCUCGAUGGAUCGACGAGGGUCGUCUGCACCUCUCACGCGUUGCUGGUACGCAAAGCCGACUCCUUGUACGAGAUCGCAGGCGGCACGAUACGGAACGCGUUGGGUAACAGCGGUCAUGUCCACCUCGUCGAUGGUGCCGAGGAGCCGACCAAUGCUGCGUUGGAGGCCGAUGUGGAGGAGGCGAACAUCUCGGAUACUCCCACAUCUCUCACCAAGGUAGUAUGCCUCUUCUCCGGGUUGCCGAGGCUGAAGUCGUAG